UCAGGUCCACAGAAUAUUGGGACUCAGGGACACAGAAUCGUUACUCAGGGACAAAGAACAGAUACCUCUGAGGGGGACAGAAGUUACUCAGGGACACAGAAUCUUACUAGGGCCACAGAAUCGUUACUUAGGGACACAGAAUCGUUACUUAGGGACACAGAAUCGUUACUCAGGGACACAGAAUUGUUACUCAGGGACACAGAAUCGUUACUCAGGGACACAGAAUUGUUACUCAGGGACACAGAAUUGUUACUGAGGGACACAGAAUCGUUACUCAGGGACACAGAAUUGUUACUCAGGGACACAGAAUUCGUUACUGAGGGACAGACCACAGAAUCGUUACUCAGGGACACAGAAUCGUUACUCAGGGACACAGAAUCGUUACUGAGG